AUAAUGUUAUAAAACAAAUGUUUAUUCGUCAUAUUAUUUAUUCGCAAUGGAAGUGCUACGCGGAGUCGUUGUGUUGAUUACCGUCUCAAUAAUCCAGGGAAGCAAUGUGUUUCGCUCCGACUACGAGUAUCAUGCAUCUGCUGGCGGUUGGUUUAAGUUCCACAAGGUGCCUGCCAAAUGGCACGACGCGCGACUCAUGUGCGACUUCGAAGGUGCUGUUUUGGCGUCGCCCAUAAAUGUGGACGUCACUGACGUGUUGCAGAACAUUAUCAACAAAAUUGAGCAUUUGUCUACCGGUGUGCACACUGGUGUCCAUAAUACAAUAUCGCCAGUAGUAUUUAAUAGUAUAGAAGGAGUGCCCUUGUCAGCACUGCCGGUGCGCACGCGUGAUAUGUUCACCGAGGAGUACAGCUCAGGGCCGCACUGUGCGCGCCUGAUACCUCAGGAGGGACUCGUCGCAGGCAGCUGUAGCGACGCGCUCCCCUACAUUUGUUACAAGAACAAGACCGCCGAACUGAGCAUGACCGAGUGUGGGACCGUCGACAAAGGUUAUCAGCUUAGUGCCAAAACUGGACACUGCUACAAGUUCCACAAUUACGGUUUGCCGUGGUCGCUGGCGUACUUGAGAUGUAUCGCUGAGGGGGGGCAGCUGGCCGUCAUCAACAGCGCUGUGGAGGCGAACGUCCUCAAGGAACUCUUGGCACGAUACCCGACUGGACUCAUUAAGGGAGGGUACGCAGGAGGGGCGUUCCUCGGCUUUCAUGAUUGGAAUAAUAACAAUGUUUGGAGAACCGUCAAUGGACAGACGCUGGAAGAAGCUGGCUAUGCGAAUUGGGGUGUCACCCAGCCGGACAGCUCCGUACAAAACUGUGGCCAGAUGUUUCGAUCAGGGCAACUCGACGAUAUAGGAUGUGCGAAAGUACCCUUUAUAUGCGAGAAGCACCCUAAUAACAUCAUGCCAGUCCCAAACAACGUUUAAUUGAAAAGAAUAACGUCAUUAGUGUAGUGCGCAGCAUUAUAUGUUUCAAAUGAGUCAGACAUUAUACAGUAUAGUUGGCUAUAGUCCGGACCAAAUCUAUGCUCCAAAA